GUUGGGACGUUACUUCGUCCCUUGGCGCAACUUGUUUCGUUUGUGAACAGCUGUCCCCGUGGUCUUCGAAAUCUUGCGUUGAGUGAUUCUAUGGACCAGUGCGAGGUUUACUCAGCUCGAGGAGGUGCCUUGGAAGCGACAGUCACUCUUCCUAGAAGCCAUGGAAAACACAAACGAGACCAAGGAGAACUAAUGGAUGAUGCGGUGAAAUUAACUGCUAUGAAAAUAUCACGCCAGUCACCGUCAACUUCAGACAGUAUGACAACAGCCACUAAUUCUGAAACAAAUGCCAUGAGUGUUUUACCUCGUCUUCUUCGUACUAUGACGAAUAGGAAUCCGCAGGUCACAAGCAACGGUAACAACAGAAGCACAAUUGAUAAUAAUCAAGUUUCAAAUGAAGAGCUCACUUUCUCAGUUUCAACUUCUGGACCAGUAGUCAAUGAUAGUGACUCAUCAUCCUCUUCUUCUUCAUCGUUCAUUUCAACACCAUCUUCUUCUGGCUCCUCUCUGAUUUCAUUCCUUUCUCCUGGCAAUUUAGGACCUGUUGCUGCUAUGGCCGCUGUAGCAUUAUCCACAGCGGUGACCACUAUGUCUAUGAAUGAUAUUCAAGAAUCUUCAGGAUUAGUAACAUUGGCGACUGCAAGUAGCCUGAUAGAAAAGGAAUGGCGUGCACGUGCUGCAAUCGCUAACAAUGAGAAUGGUAACAAUGCUAAAGAGCACGCUGAAACAACACUUGCAGUUCAACAUCACACAGAUCUAUUAGCUUCUACUCUACAAGCAAAUGUUGAUCGGAAUCAACAAUUCCCGUUAGACGGUUCACCGCCUUUAGUAAUUAGUGCCCUGAAUACGUCAACAUCACAGUCUUUAUUGAAUGAUUCUACCCCAGUGACUAGAGCUGUACUCAAUGUUCAAAGUUUGGCAGCUUUCAUUCGUGAAACACAAAAACAGUGUUCUCUACCGAGUCCAACUACUACUUCUCUUGAAUUGCCUUUAACAUCUGUAUUCCCCUUGCCCACAGAAACAAAGUUAACUUCAUCGUGUAAUAUGCGACAAACUGCAUCGCCUUCUUCAUAUCUGUUACCAGCUCCAACUUCAUCUUUUCUAGUUCCACCUUCAGCUCCUCAAAAUCUUCCAACUGGUACCGGUGGGGCUGGGGGUUGUGGUGAUGCUGGUAGUAUUGAACAAUCUUUGCAUUCAGAGACAGUACCACAACCACUACCAUCAGCAGCAGUGGUCAAUUCCAGUACAGAUUCAUCACCACUUCAGUCAACAGCCUUCAUAUCUUUACAGCCUGCACCAGGCUCUUUAAUCAGUCCAUCUGAUUUACAACAACUUGUAGCUAGUGGGGAAUUUAUGUCUUCAGCAGCUCGGCAAACUCUACUCGGUCAAUCCUCUGAUGGUUCCACACGACAACUUUAUCUUCUUGUACCAAGUGAUUGUCCUGUGAUUAUGCCAAGAGUUUCAAACAAUCAACAAACUAUGGCGCCUAUUCUACCGUCUACUUCACCAUUGAUUGAAUCUAUUCCUACAAAUGCUCCAAUAUUAGAGGCUAUUUCUCCAGGUGUUGAACCUGAUGAUAAUUGUGUUCAAAUGCCCUCGGAAUCAUCAACAUCAAUGAAUACUACACAACCAGUAUUAACUUCAGUAUCACAUUUAGCGACUACAAUGCUUAAUCCAAUGAAUUCUUCGACGUCUACUGCAUUAUCGACUUUUCUAGCGGGUUUAGAAGCUCGAAAUCAACCUAUGCACCAGCAGCAACAACAACAACAACAGAUCCAAUUAGGUGGUUUACCUUUGUCUACAGUCGCUUCUCCAUUAUCUUGUUCAUACAAUAAUCCAUCUUCAUCAUCAUCCUCCUCCUCCGCCUCAUCAUCAUUAUCAGUUCAUACGACAGAUUCAUUAUCAGCUUCAAAUUGUGCAAAACUUCGUAUUCCACUUCAGAUAUCAGGUCUUCCUAUUCCUGAGUCCAGUUUAUUGUCAGUACAACCGAAUAAUGUUUAUCCGAUUGCAAAUAAUGCCACACUGAAGAGUGAUCCUGAUAUGUACACGCCAAAUGGUCAUGCCUAUUCAUCUCUGGUAGAUGAAGCCAAUCGAUUUAGAUCAUAUCCAACGUAUACACAACAAUUAUCCCAACAUAUACCUCAUAGUAGUAAUAGUACAAAUAUACGACAACCUAUAUUAACUUCUUCUUCUUCGACUUCUGCAUUGUCUACAACAUCAAAUAAUGCAUUCUUUCAUCAUGAUACUUCAAACUCGAUGUUAAUUAAUCAAGUGUGUUCAGUCCCGAGUAGUGGCGGUAAUUCACUCAUCAACUCGAGUAAUCAUAAUAAUAAUGCGAAUGAAUCACUAACCAAUGGACAUUUUCAAUCAUCGAUAUCACGUCCGAAUAUUGCCCCAGUGACUACAACAUUCGCUCCGGCGAUAGCUCCUAAAACUGAUACAAUAUCUAAAUCGAAUAAUAAUCAUAACUCCAUGGAUGAAUGUCGUAGGAAUUCAGUCACAGGUGGUGGUGGUGGUACGGUGUUGAAUACUUCUGGUAGUACUAGUCGAUCGGAGCAAGGUAAGGGUUCCACAACCUAUCUGGAACAUUUGGAAUCGAAGGAUAUAAGACGUCGUGUUAGUCAUAAUGAAGUUGAACGCCGACGUCGUGAUCGUAUUAAUACAUGGAUUAGUGAAUUGUAUAAACUGCUACCACCGGAUGAACAAACAAAAUCACAAUAUCAAAGUAAAGGUAUUGUCUUGAAACGUGUCUGUGAAUACUUUCAAAAUGUGGAUAGUAUGCUGAAAGCCGCUAAUUCAGCAGUUGAACAGAUUCGCGUGGAGAAUACUUUACUUCGUCAACGUGUUCGUGAAUUACAACAAGAGAAUCAAUUGUUAUCGGCUUCAUUACAAUUGGGUGCUGCAGCUGCCGCUGCUCAUUUAAAGAAUCGACAACCAAGACCUGGUACAACUACUGUUGUUAAUGGAGAUGAAGUGAAUAAUGGGGGUGUUGGUGGUGUUGGUGUUGGCGGCAAUGCAGGAGGAUUAGCAACACUUGUAGUCAAUAAAACUGAGGAUUGUACAGUCUUAAAAGAUUCCAUUGAACGGAAUGAUUAUCAACAUCAUCAUCAUCAAUCAUCAUCAUCUCCAAUGGCGGCGACUGUAUUCACUGUCGAUGGUAAUAUUGUUGCUAGUGUUGCCGCUGCUUCUGCCGGCAGUGGAGGUGAUACUACUACAGAUUAUAGACAUUUUAAUCAAACAAAUUUAGCUUCAGCAUCGUCCUCCUCCUCGUCAUCAUUAAAUUGUAUAACUUCUGCCGCUCAAGCUGCCUGUUUUACAACCUCAUUAGCAUCAAUCAACGCUCUUGGAGGAGGAUUUAAUAAUCAUGUGGUGAAUGCUUCAGAAGUCAAUUGUAGUAAUGGUACAUCAACAUUGUCAUCAUCAAGUACAGAAAUUAUUGAUCAAGUGAUAUGUCCAUUGACUUUACCAAGUUUAGAUCAUAUGACUACUACAAUGCGUAGUAGUAAUAGUAACAAUAACAAUAGUAACAACAAUGCUAGUGCGAUGAUGGGUAGUGAUACUGCGAAUAAUCGAGUUUCUUGAAUGAAUUCUCUCUCUCUCUCUCUUGUCUACUAAUCAUUCUCAUUAUCUUCAUCAUUAUCAUGAUCGUCAAUAUUUCACCAGUGUAUUUUCCACCUAGUCGUCCAUCUUGUCACUCCUUUUUGUCUGUCUCUCUCUGCCCCCCUCCCACACACACACCCACACAAAUACAAAUCCAUCUCAGUUGAUAUGGAAUUUUCAACUAUGAAUUAUGUAACGAGUUCUUUUGUGUGUGUGUGUGCCUGCGUGCGUGUGCGUAUCUUCGAUCAGUUGUUUCCCCCUCCUCACACCCCUCACUCCCGACCCGAUCUGACCUGACCUCCGAAAACAAGAUCUCAAUUGAUUGCAGAGUGAGUUACAUUCCUGUGUGCGCAGAUGUUAUGGCAUGAAGACGGAGAGAGAGAGAGCAUCAAACAAGUUGACUUUAUAUUUCCCUCUAUUGAUCAUCCUGACUGACUGACUCGACGACAUCUUCACCGACGUAUUCGAUGACAAUGAUGAUAUUGACCAGUGAACUAACUAACUUUGCAUGUGUGUGUGUGUGUGUUUAUGUACAUCGUUCAAAUAUAAUCAAUAAAGAGGCGGCAAAAAACACAAAGAAACAAAAGAACAAGAAGGCAAAAGAGAAAUCUUACCACAUGUGUGUAAAAUCCAUGUGCUUUCCGAUCCUCAUAUAUAUAAUUUUCAUCUAUAUGUGCGUGCGCGUCUGUCUUUCUCUCAUUUUCUCGUAUAUACAUAUACACACAUCUAUGCACAUAUACACUCACAUAAUAUGUACCUGAUAGGUGGUUCAGUGUUCUUCUUCUUCUUCUUCUAAUUUCUCCUGCCUUUCAAAUCUUACUUUUCUUGAUCUUAUGCUUCUUCUGUUAAGCAUCCAAGAAAAGCGACCAUCUGUUUUUUCUUUUCCAUAGGAAAUAAUACGUUUUGUUACAUACAUAUAUAAAUAGUGACCGUUUUUCUUGCGUGCGUGCGUGUGUGUAUGUGUAUCUCUGACCCCUUGUUUUUUGUCAUCUUCUUUUUGAAACAUCGUCGGUCGUCAUCACCAUCAUCUUGAUCAAUACACAUAUGUAUGUAUGAUAUAUUUUCACGCGUGAUGUUAUUUUCUCCCCGCCCCCCUUAAAGCUCUGUGAGUGAGGCGAUGAGGAUGUACUGCGGUGUCUUGAGGAAGUUGUUAGGCCUAAAUCUCAUACAGACACCGACGUAUAAAAGACAUUCAUUCACCUGGUGAUUUUUUUCAUUUUCUAUCCAUUGUUUUCGAUUUCUACGAUUAUUAUUAAUGUUAUUAUUAUUACUACUUUGAGCACUUUAGUAUUUUCAUCGAUAAACACACACCUACACUGCUCUUUAUGGUGACUGAUUGAUGUCUACAUCUGUCUGUGUAUUGCAUCUUUCUGUCAUCCGAUACGCGUAUAUUUCUUCUUCUAAUUGUGCCUAUCUGUGAUAGUGCUUUAAAAAAACUCUAACUAUGUGUUUCAGAGAACGUUGUCAGCGCUAGUUUAGACCCCGGGUUACGCGUACAUCAAUACAUAACAUCAAUGUAUCACAAAACCCUGUUUGUUAAAAUUCAAAAGAUUAUUAUUAUUAUUGCUCCGACUCAUAUUGUCAUUUUUCUCUUCUCUACAUGUAGUGGGAUAACAUAUACACAUACAGACAUGCGUACAUACACGAUACCCAUGAAUCGAAGAAUGCAUCUAAAAAGCUCCCAAAAUCCGUAUUGAUAAUAAUAGUAAUAAUAACAAUAAUGGUAAUGACUGUGAGUAUUGUCAUGUAAUCACUACCGUCUAUUUGAGUAGUGGUAGUAGGGUUCAUAUUGGAAAUUUUCAUCACUUCAUACUAAUUAUUAUUAGUGACAUCAACAUUAUUAUUAUUGUUGUUAUUAUUAUUAUCAUUACGUAAUUGUCUUGUGAUUACAUAAACUGCGCCUAUUUUCUUUAUUAUUAUUAUUUAUUAAUAUUAUUAUUAUUCUCUCUUUCACUGUCUUCAAGUUUUGUUGUGCUCCUGUUGUAUGUGCGAAGGGGGAGUGCUUUGUCAUGAGUAGUGUAACACUCAUUAGAAAAUAAUACUGUGGGACUGGUUGAUCUUUUUUUUUAAUUUUUGGUGGUUUAUUUCCUGUAGUUUUUCUCCUUAUGUCUUUCAUUUGUCUUUCCAUACCAAUUAAUAAUUACAAGAAUAAACAGUAGACGACGAAAACCGUGUGUUGUUCAUUUUCAAAAAAUACAGCUUGUUGCAUCAUCAUUAGUAUAAUAAUAAUAUUUAUUAUUAUUAUGCAUGUAUAGAGUCCAUUGUAUUUGGUUAUUGUGUAUAUCGGCACGUGUGUGUGUGUGUCUGUACGUGUUCCUUUUUUUCGUGUUUUCUCUCUCUCUCUCUCUGUCUGAUCUAUUUUUGGCUAUUUCUUUCUUGCUAAUGUUAAUUUCAUUCAUCAAUUCGUUUGUUUGUUUGUUUGUCGUUAACUAGAUAGGUAUCAUUUUUGUGUUAUGGAGGAAAAUAAACCUGUUGUAAUAGUUAUCAGUCGUGUGUAGUAAGUAGGACCAUAUUUCUCUGUCGGUUUUCUAAAUUCUUUCCUUAUUUAUGUUUGUCCGCUGAUUGGUUAGUUGGUUUACCCAUUUCAUUACUUUAAUUACAUAAUCAAUCAUACCUAUGUUUACUUUGUUGGCAACAAGUAAUGUGAUGAUAGAGUAUCGGUGAGUGAGUCAGUGAGUGAAUGGGUGAGUAACUCUCAUAUAGUGUAAUUGUAUGACCUAUCACUUUGUAUUCAUCAUAUUCUCUUUCGAGCUGUACUCUGUGUGUGUGUGUUAUUUUAUGAUUUACUACAGCUGUGUGAUGCGUUUGACUUCUCUCCUCCUACUCUUCCUCCACAUUUUCUGAUUUUGUGUUUCUUCUGUUUCAUGUUUCUAAUGUUGAUUUCCCGCCCCCCCCCCACCGCCGCAGUAGAACGGGGGCUUUUUCUUGAACAUUGCAGCGCAACACUUACCCUUGUUCUCUAAAUUUUGAAUUUGUUUGUAUACUUGUCUUGUCAUAUUUUCCAAAUUGCCUGUUAUUAUUGAUUUGUUUGUUCUUAUCUGCCAGUUUUUGUGUGUGUGUGUGUGUGUG